AUGAGGCUGGUCCCCGACCGGUGGGUGGACAUCAGGCCGACGGUCACUCGGGCUCUUGUGUGUGUGUGUGUGGCCUCCUGGCUGACUUUUGCACUUCUUCUGGGAACUUUCAGUGCAGGACCCAGUCAUGCCGAGGUGGAGACGCACGAGUGUUUGUACUUCAACAUUAACUGGGAGGUGGAGAAGACGAACCGCAGCGGCGUGGAGCACUGUGAGGGAGAGAAGGACAAGCGCUCGCACUGCUACGCCUCCUGGAGGAACAGCUCCGGCAGCAUCGAGCUCGUCAAGAAGGGCUGCUGGCUAGACGACUUCAACUGCUACGACAGACAGGAGUGUGUGGCCACCGAGGACAACCCUCAGGUGUUCUUCUGCUGCUGCGAAGGCGACUUCUGCAACGAGAGGUUCACGCACCUGCCUGACGUCAGCGGACCAGUGAUCGAGCCUCCUCCGCCGGCGCUGCUCAAUGUUCUGGUUUACUCUCUGCUUCCCGUCACGAUGCUCUCCGUGGUGCUGCUGCUGGGCUUCUGGAUGUACCGGCACCGCAAGCCUCCUUACGGACACGUGGACAUCAACGAGGAUCCGGGUGCGUCUCCUCCCUCGCCGCUGCUGGGUCUGAAGCCUCUUCAGCUGCUGGAGGUUAAAGCUCGAGGACGCUUCGGCUGUGUCUGGAAAGCUCAGAUGAUGAAUGAAUAUGUAGCUGUGAAGAUCUUCCCAAUUCAGGACAAGCAGUCGUGGCAGAACGAGCGCGACAUGUUCUCCACGCCGGGCAUGAAGCACGAGAACCUGCUGCGCUUCAUCGCUGCCGAGAAACGCGGAAGCAACCUGGAGACGGAGUUCUGGCUCAUCACCGAGUUUCAUGAGAGGGGCUCGCUGACGGAUUAUCUGAAGGGGAGCGUGCUGAGCUGGAGCGAUCUGUGUCACAUCGCGGAGACGAUGGCCUGCGGUCUGGCGUAUCUUCACGAGGACGUGCCCCGCCCUAAAGGAGAGGGUCCUAAACCGGCCAUCGCUCACAGAGACUUCAAGAGCAAGAACGUGAUGCUGAGGAGCGACCUCAGCGCGGUGCUGGGGGACUUGGGGCUGGCGGUGCGCUUCGAGCCGGGGAAGCCUCCGGGAGACACACACGGUCAGGUCGGGACGCGCCGCUACAUGGCUCCGGAGGUGCUGGAGGGGGCCAUUAACUUCCAACGGGACGCCUUUCUGAGGAUAGACAUGUACGCCGUGGGGCUGGUGCUGUGGGAGCUGGUGUCGCGCUGCAAAGCUGCAGACGGUCCUAUAGACGAGUACAUGCUGCCGUUUGAGGAGGAGAUCGGCCAGCAUCCAUCUCUGGAGGAUCUUCAGGAUCUGGUGGUUCAUAAGAAGAUGAGGCCUGCGUUUAAAGACUGCUGGCUCAAGCAUUCAGGUCUGGCGCAGUUGUGCGAGACGAUCGAGGAGUGCUGGGAUCACGACGCGGAGGCACGGUUAUCAGCCGGCUGCGUGGAGGAGCGAAUCUCUCAGAUCCGCCGCCUGACGAGCGUCACUACCUCAGACUGCCUGCUUUCCACCGUCACCUCGCUCACCAACGUGGACCUGCCUCCCAAAGAGCCCAGCAUCUGA